CUCACUCUUAAAGUGGUGCGCGAUAAUCGCAUAAAGAAGAACCAAAGCUACCGGAUUCAAUCAAAAGGAAACGACUAACUUCAAAAGUUUUAAAACUUUUUUUUAAUUUUCUGAACAAACGAACCGGAACAACGCUCUCGCCGCUUUUUUUGAGGAAAAGCUUAUUUUUGUUUGUUUCCUUCUUCCUCACAACAAACGCAAAACUUCCUCCCGUACGCGCUUUAUGUAUUUGGAUUUACUGUUUAAAUCCCGCCGCCCUACUAUGGUCGUAAUGGAGGUGCCCACUAUCGACUGUGAGUCCCUCCGCUGCCUGCUGGAGGACGACGUCCCCGGCAGCCUGGUGCUGGACUGCCGCUCCUUCCUGUCCUUCAACUCGUCCCACAUAUCGGGCUCCACCAACGUGCGCUUCAGCACCAUCGUGCGCCGGAGAGCCAGGGGAGGACUCGGGCUCGAGCACAUCGUCCCCAACGAGGACACCCGCAGCCGGCUCCUGUCCGGGGAGUACCAGUCGGUGGUGCUGCUCGACGACCGCAGUUCGGACCUGAGUCAGGCGAAGAAGGACGGCACGCUGAUGCUCGCCGUCGCGGCCCUGUGUCGCGACCGCUGCGGCGCCAGGGUUUUUAUUCUGAAAGGUGGUUUUGAGACGUUUUCCGCAGAGUACCCAGAGGCCUGCACCAAGCCCUCCCCUCCACAGGGGCUCAGUUUGCCCCUGAGCUCCAGCCGUCCCGAGAGUGCAGACCCAAACUGCAGCCCGUGCAACACGCCUCUCUAUGACCAGGGGGGUCCUGUGGAGAUCUUGCCUUUCCUCUACCUUGGCAGUGCUUACCACGCUUCAAGAAAAGACAUGCUGGACAUGCUGGGGAUCACUGCUCUGAUCAACGUCUCCGCCAACUGUCCCAACCACUUUGUGGACUCCUUCCUCUACAAGAGCAUCCCCGUCGAGGACAACCACAAAGCCGACAUCAGCUCGUGGUUCAGCGAGGCGAUCGAGUUUAUCGACUCGGUGAGAAAUAAAGGAGGCCGCGUGUUCGUGCACUGUCAGGCUGGCAUCUCCCGCUCUGCCACCAUAUGCCUGGCCUACCUGAUGCGCACCAACCGCGUGAAGCUGGACGAGGCCUUCGAGUUUGUCAAGCAGCGGCGCAGCAUCAUCUCGCCCAACUUCAGCUUCAUGGGCCAGCUCCUCCAGUUUGAGUCCCAGGUGCUGGCUUCGUCCACGUGCUCCUCGGAGGCGGGCAGUCCGGCCAUCGGCAACAGCGGCACGGUCUUCAAUUUCCCAGUCUCGAUCCCCGUUCACGCCUCAGCUGGUCAGCUCUCGUUCCUCCACAGUCCCAUCACCACCUCGCCCAGCUGCUGAGGACCCCGUUCGGACUCGAACUGCUCCGAAUCCCGGUGCCCUCUGCCAAGAGCACUGCCCAACAAACACAAGGCUCGAGUUCAACCGUUUCCUUGUGACGCUAGUAUCACUGGACAGAAUGGGAACUGGUUUCUGGGGUCCGUUGGUUUGACUCUGAUCUGCUGGCCAAAUCUGUGUAAAAUGGCCUCAUCAUUUCAAAAGGGAGUGCCUCCUGAAUGUGAAUGUUCGAUUUAAUCUGAAAUGACUGCGGGGGGGGGGGGGGGUGAAUCGGCUGAAAGGGUAGUUUAAAUUCUUCCUGUAGAGGAAGUCGGAAGUAUCUGAAUAUUCUUUAUUCAAGUGAUCUAUUUUUAUUUUUUUAUUUUUAUCCUUUCAUGAAGGCGAGUGCUUCUGAUAAUCAUGAUCCUUUUUAACAAAAUGGAGAGGACGAACCGUUGUCUCAGGAACGUUGCCUUAUCCUCUCAAAUGGCUACUUGGUUUUCUGUGCUGGUUAAAGAAAGCCAAGUCAACCGAAGGCACGGAAGAUGCUCCUUCAUUUGACAAACUCUGAAUACACCCCCCCCCCCACCCCCCAACAGUCUUUUCAGUGUAACUGUGGCAGGAAUCUCCAUGUUGAAUUGGUUGCCAUUUCAAAUGCAAAUACUUACCUUUUCAAGACCUCGUGGAACCUUGACGAUCCUGACACAUUGGGAGAUGGACCAUUUUAUACCUCAUGUAUCUACUGUGUACUGCAGCAACUACACAAAUGGGGACAUAUACUCCUCAGUGCCUGCAUUCUGACAUAUUUAUUGAACUAAAGUAAUAUAUUUCUCUAUCAUAUCUAUUUUUGCAUAUGUUUGUUUUUGUUUUUUUUCAAACUUUUUUUUUUUAUACGUUUUAAUAAAUCUCCUGACUUUUGUAUUCAGUUGAAGAAGUUCA